UGCCGCUGUACAUGCACUGCAGGCGCAAAUGUAAACCUGAAAUCGAGGCUAUCCCUGUAUAACACUUGAAAAAAAAACAGCGCGAAAGUUUCGUUUUAAAUUUGUUGUUGGCUCUAUAAGCACUAUGAACGAACCAAAGCUCCACAGAAAACAUAGAAGUCGAGGGAAGCAGUGUUCAGUUGUAGCUUGUAAUAAUUUUGAAUAUCUAAGCGACGGAACACCAUCGAAAAUUCACUUCUUUAAGUUUCCAACCAAGCCAUCGCUUCGAAAUCGAUGGUGCAAUUUAAUCAAGCGGCAGCACGGCAGAGACGGCUUUUACGUGAAACCUUCAACGGUCGUAUGCGGCCAUCAUUUUAAGGAAAAUGACCUAUGCAAACCUCCGGGAAGAACGCGGUACAGGCUACGACCAGGAGCAGAGCCAUCCAUAUUCCAUAGUCGUAGAGUUGUACGAGGUUGAACGACGGUAUAUUUCGCAAGUCCUUGCUCCACUCACAUCCCCGAGAGGCUUGAUCUCUAGACAAAACUUCGUACGUUAUUUCGUGGUCACUUUUGGUGUUCGAAAUCAACGAUAUCAAUGGCUGUUCUUGUUUUGA